GGCAGCUCACAAGGGAUGAAGUAGUGUGUGCGCCAACUACGAUCAGCGAGCGAACGGUCCGAGUAUUCACCUGAUAUCUGAACUACCCGGUACCAUGUCGUGAACAGUAAACCACCGCAGCGGAACUCGAGAUCUUUUCCGUGUCGGAUGGGAGGCGUGACGCGGAGCUGGCGGUGGCUGGUUGCCCGGGUGAUGCGUGUGCUGCUGCGUUGUGGGCGUCGGCUCUGUGGAGGUGGGCGUGGUCAUGCGGGUCACAGACUCCGCCUCCUGUGGCGCUAUUGGCUGCUGCUGCUGAGGUCACUCUACUUUAAUUCGCUCUGCAACUCCGACACGGUGCUGGACGCUGUCUUCGAGCCCAUCUAUUGGCUGGUGGACAACCUCACACGCUGGUUUGGGGUGGUGUUUGUGUGCCUGGUGGUGGCGCUGACGAGCUCUGUGGUGUUGAUCGUGUACACGUGUGUGCUGCCUGUGAUCCUGGAGAACUACGCCCCCUACUGGGUGCUCUGGCACUUGUGCUACGGACACUGGAACCUCCUGAUGAUCACCUACCACUACUACAGAGCCACCAGAACCAGCCCGGGACAUCCCCCUCAGGAGAGGAGAGAUGUACCUACUGUGACCAUGUGUAAGAAGUGCAUCGUCCCAAAGCCAGCACGCACACACCACUGCAGCAUCUGUAACAGGUGCAUCCUGAAGAUGGACCACCACUGCCCGUGGCUGAAUAACUGCGUCGGACAUUUUAACCAUCGCUACUUCUACUGCUUCUGUCUGUUCAUGACCAUGGGCUGCGUCUACUGCAGCAGCAGCUCCCUGGACAUGUUCAUAGACGCAUACAACGCCGUGGAGAGUUCCUAUCAGACUCCUGCUCCUCCUUUCACCUUCAGCGAGAGACUCCACCACAAGUGCAUCAUCUACCUCUGGGUCCUCACCAGCUCAGUAGCGCUGGCUCUGGGUGGUCUGACUCUGUGGCAUUCCGUGAUGAUCCUGCGUGGGGAGACGAGUGUGGAACGCCACAUCAACCGCAAGGAGGCCAAACGCCUGCAACAGCUGGGCAAGGUGUUCAGGAACCCGUACCACUUUGGCCGCGUGAGCAACUUUAAGAUCCUGUUUGGAGUGGAGAAGAGGAGCCACUGGGUCACCCGCGUCCUGUUGCCAUCCUCCCACCCCCCCCACGGAGAUGGACUCAUAUGGAUGCCCCCCCCCAGAGGACUGACCUCAUGGCCAUCUGACCCCCCCCCCCCCCCAGAGGACUGA